UAUGGGAUGAAGAUAGGUUGUUCCUUUGUUACUGCUUCUUGGCAACUCUCUCAUCUUCCUAUUACACAUAUCUCAACUUUCAGACUUAUGUACACAUAAUGCAGAUUUAUAAUAAUCCAAAUGUAGGAUCACAAGAAUGAUGCUGAUUGUUUAAACAAGCCUCUUGAACACUUUGCUGAGAUGCAAACAAUAUUUGGAAACACCAUGGCCACAGGUAAGUUUGCAAAGGAUUCUAGUGCAGCUUUAGGUGAAGAUGAUGAAGUUCAAAAUGAAGAGGUGAUGGCACAUGCUUUCACUAAAAGGAUGUCCAGUUGUGAUGAUAAUGCCACAACAUCUUCUACAAGCAAGACCAGGAAGAAGGCAAAAAAACGUGAUAGUGAAGAGGAGGGGUUGAUUGCUGCAUUCAGAAGUGUCGGGGAUACCUUAUCCAAUGCUAUUGAGAAGGUUGCCACAGGGGACACUGAUGUGCCAGAUGAUCUUUUUGACAGUUUGAUAAACCUUCCAGGUUUUGAGCAGAACCACAUAUCUCUGUAUUUCAAUUAUCUGGUGGCGCACCCUCACAUUGCUAGAGCCUUCAACAAGUUGCCAUUCGACCACAAGUUAAUCUGGGCUCGCAAUUUCAUCAGUGAAAAGUUCCCAGGAGUGUGAGGGCAAUUGGUAGGUAGGCUUGGAGGGUUCUUUUGCUUGAACUACAUCGAACAAUGAAUUGUGAUCUAUGUACGUAUGGAUUUUGUAGAAGCCUUGAACUUGAUAUUAUGUGUACCCAGGAGUGUGAGGGCAGUUAGUAGAUAGGCUUGGGCAGUUCUUUUGCUUGAACCACAUCAAACAAUGAAAUGUGGUCUAAGUACGUGCAAAUUUUGUGGAAACCUUAAACUUGGUAUUAUGUGUAAUGCUAGAACACAUUAUUAUGUAUUGUGUGGAAUUAAUAAUAUGU